AUGGAGGUUUUUCAUGUGAUACCUUUUUCUUACUUAUCACUAACAGUCAUGAUGUCUUGGCUGCCCCUGUUUGCAUCUCAGUCUCCUGGCAAAAACAUAACAGACGUGAGGUCAAUUCACUCAGUUCUGGAGAGCAAUUCUACUCAAGUGUAUGUGGGUUCACUGUUCAUCCAGGAGGCUCUGAGGAAAGCCAGAGAGCUAACGAAUGCUGCUUAUGCACGGACUAAUGGGAGAGUAAAGAUGUCCGUUAAAGAAGGCUCUUUUCGUCCCAGUGACCUGUUAGCUCAGUUUAAACAGAUUGGCACUGGUACCAGAGCGCAUAUCAGAGCUGCAGAGCUAUUGGACAACACGAUGGAAGUCAUCAGAGAGAUGGUGUAUACACACACUAUGGCUCAGCCUAAACAUACUGAGCUGUUGAGCAUGGAUGAUGUGGAGACUUUAUUGGAAGCGACAGGAUGUUCAGCAGAGAUCAAGAGACCUGCGUGCAAGGAAGACUGCCUUUCAGAGCGUUACCGCACCAUCACAGGCCAUUGCAAUAACAGACAGAAGCCAAUGCUGGGAGCAGCUAAUACCCCGUAUGCUCGAUGGCUUCCACCAGCGUAUGAGGAUUUUCAUGGCACACCCAGAGGAUGGAACCCCCAACACACCUACAGCAACUUUACAUUGCCUCCAGUUCGCAGAGUAUCUCAGGAGGUGUUGUACACCCAGAACGAGAAGAUCUCAAUGGAUAUGUCUCUGUCUCACUUGCUGGUUGAGUGGGGGCAGUGGAUUGACCAUGAUCUGUCGCUGACCCCCCAGAGCCCCAGCACAGCCUCGUUCAGGACCGGUGCAGACUGCACACGUACCUGCAGCAGAGACACACCGUGUUUCCCCAUACAGAUCCCACUCUCAGACCCUCGUCGUGGUGUUCAGAGCUGCAUGCCAUUUUUCCGCUCGGCUCCCAGUUGUGUAGAUGCCUCUGUCGUGUGCCGUCAGCGGGAGCAGCUGAAUGCCAUCACAGCCUUUGUAGAUGCCAGUAUGGUGUACGGCAGUUCAGAUGAGCUUGCAAGCUCUCUGCGUAAUCUGUCCUCUCCUCUUGGCCUGCUCAAACACAACCAGCUGCAUUCAGACCAAGGACUAGCCUACCUUCCCUACCUGCCUCGCACACACACUCAGCUGGACCCAUGUGCACCACGGCAAGGCUCCAACACAGGAAAGAACAUAACAUCUAUGGGGAACUUGACCUUCUGCUAUCUGGCAGGUGAUUCUCGGGCUAAUGAGCACUUGGGGAUGAUUUCUCUCCACACAUUGUUUCUGAGAGAGCAUAAUCGAUUAGCCAAGGAGCUACACAUGCUUAACCCCCACUGGAGCCCAGAUACACUGUACCAAGAGGCUAGGAAAAUCCUUGGCGCUGUGCAUCAGGUCCUGACAUGGGAUCACUACUUGCCACAUGUCCUGGGGCACAGAGCAUAUGCUGAACUCAUGCCACAUUAUCAGGGUUAUGACGCAAAAGUCGACCCCAGCAUUACCAAUGGCUUCUCCACGGCUGCCUUCCGCUUUGCCCAUGUGACUGUACAGCCCAUAGUGAACAGACUUGGACCUGGAUAUCUGCUAGAACCCAAACAUCCACCAAUACCUUUACAUCACUCAUUGUUUGCCUCGUGGAGGGUGGUAGAAGAAGGUGGUAUAGAUCCAGUGCUGCGGGGUUUGUUGUGGUCCCCAGCCAAGCUUCAGGCUCCUGAGCAGAUGAUGGUAGAGGAGUUGACUGAGAGACUGUUCCAGGCUAGCAGUGGGCUGCCACUAGACCUCGGGGCUCUAAACCUUCAGAGGGGACGUGAUCACGGUUUACCUGGUUAUGGCGCAUGGCGAGAGUUUUGUGGUCUCUCCGUCCCUGCAAAUGAGUCUGAUUUAAUAGACAUUUUGGGAAGUGCAGGCUUGGUGCAUAAACUGCUGGCCCUGUAUGGUACAGUCAGGAACAUUGACGUGUGGGUUGGUGCUAUCUCUGAGCCUGCACUAUCUGGAGGCAGAGUUGGGCCACUGCUAGCCUGCCUAAUAGCCAAACAGUUUUGUGCGCUCCGGGAUGGAGACAGGUUCUGGUGGGAGCAACAGGGUGUGUUCAGUGCUGCUCAGAGACGCUCACUGCGUACGGCAUCUCUCUCUCGCAUCAUUUGUGACAACACCCACAUCUGCAUGGUGCCGUCAGACCCAUUUGUACGGACCGUCCACCCUGAAAAGCUUCUACCCUGCACACAUGCAAACAUCACACACCUUAAUCUGUCUGCAUGGAAGGAGCCAGAUACUGACACACUGUGUGGCUCCAUUCCUCGGUUGAAAGUGGGUUUCUCUGUGCUGUGUCACUCAGCAGUGGUGUACCAGUGUCCUUCUGGUUAUCUCCUCCAUGGAGCAACCCACAUCACCUGUGAUCCAAACACACACCUGUGGACUCCAGACCCACCCACCUGUCAAGAUGUGGACGAGUGCUUCAGUGGGCCUGUCUGUCCACCAAACCUGCUGUGCCACAACACCCCAGGUUCCUUUAUUUGCACAGAGUCCUCUACACUUACUCCCACCUCCAUCACUGCUGCAGUGAUGACAGUGGUGGGAGGUGUUGCUGUGAUGGUCCUAAUACUGAUUUGCUAUACAAGGUUUUUCAUCAAAAAAGGGAGAGUUAGCAGAGAAUGUUGUAAUAAACAUUGAAGCUUCUAUUUUAAGGGGUGAUUUAAAACAUCUGGAUAUACCUCGAUUUGUGUGUUGAAUGAAAUUCAACGAAGUUUUAUAGCGAUGCAUGUCGUGUAUUGUAUUUUAGAAAAAUAACACUGAUAUGUACAAAGUAGGAACAAAACUUGGUUGCAUGGUGUAGCUUUUACCUGUCAUCAUACAGAGUCUCUAUAUAAUAUUGCACAUCCACCACCAUCUAGCUGAUUAGCAUUCUUAUGGCAAAAAUGCAGCUAUCAUGUUUAAACAGUUAUUCCUGUUGUUCUUUCUCACACCCAGGAAUCUGUGCCUCAAUCUCUAACUACGUGCACACUAAUAGAUGUGCAUACUCUCACAGCGUGUCUUACAGAAUCUGAUAUAUUGGCCCUAUACAGUGGUGUAGCAAAUGCACUGUCAAGAAGGCAGGUACAUCCCCAGAAGUGGCUGUGUAGCAAUGAGAUAUCAGGUGGAAUUAUUUACAAAUGCCAAGUCAUGGAAAAAAAAAAAACCUGGCUCACCGUAUUAUGU